GAAAUGAAGAGGAAGAUUUUGUGUUUUUUUAAACCAUUUCUCUGUAGACGGAGAAUAUGAAGGUUAGAAAUAUAAAUACGAAUAAAAGCUUUUAGGAAUCUUUAAUUUUUUUUUUUUCACCCCUUUUUCUGCAACCCUGUUUCCCCAAGCACACCCAUUGUCAUCAUCGUCACCACUCACGAGCACCAGCAGCGCCAUCAAUGUCGUACCAGACGCUUUCUCCCUCAUUUCUUCAGCCCUCCAUCUCUGCAACAAACCUCACCUUCUCUCCCGCCCUCUUCUAUCAGGGGCGUUCUGCUUGCGGGUCGCCGGAAAUGGAGUAUACGGAGGGGCUGAAAGCAGGGUUCUGGCAGGAGGAGGCCUCGAAUGGCGGAGGGGAGGACUUCUUCGUGGACGACCUGCUGGACUUGUCGAACCAGGACGACUUUGCGGAAGGAGGAGAGGAGGAGGAGGAGGAGGAGGAAUCGAACGCGUCGCUGCCGGAGAGCCAGGGCGACUCGACCUCGCCGGCUUCCAACGGCUCCUCCUCUCCUGGUGUCUUCGUCGAGCCGGUCGACGAGCUCGCCGUGCCGGUCGAGGAGUUGGCCGACUUGGAGUGGCUCUCUCACUUCGUGGAGGACUCCUUCUCCUCCGGAACGGGCGCGCUGCCAUUCUCAGCGGAAAACGGCGGUGAACCCCGCGCUCCGGUGACGAAACUGAGUUUUCCUCUCGGAACUCCGGUCCCCAUGAGGGCGCGCAGCAAGCGGUUACGAACCGGCCGCGUCUGGUGCUGCCGAGACGGUUUUCCCGAGUCAUCGUCCUCCUCCUCGUCGACGUCGUCUUCGUACUUCAACUCGGUUCAAGACGUAUCGCUGAGAAAGAAGCGGCCGGGAAAGCGCCGGAACCGGGUCGGAAAGGUGCCGGAGAACGCUCCGGUCCGUAGGUGCAGCCACUGCCUGGUCCAGAAAACACCCCAGUGGAGGGCGGGGCCUCUCGGGUCCAAGACCCUCUGCAACGCAUGCGGCGUCCGUUACAAGUCCGGACGUUUGCUUCCGGAAUACCGCCCGGCAGGAAGCCCGACGUUCCUGAGCGAUGUCCACUCCAACAACCACCGGAAGGUCCUGGAGAUGAGAAGGCAAAAGGAGACGAUGAUGAUGACGACGACCAUGAUGCUGACGAAUACGUUGCCGGAAAGCGGUUUGCCGGCGGUUGAGAGCUGUUAACCGGUUGUAUAUUUUUAGAUGGUUGGCGGUUUUUUUCCUUUUCACCUUUUUGUUUUUACUUUGUAAUUUUGUAGCUCGCAACAGAUUUAGGCAUUUAGCCAUUUAGGACCAGGUCUCCCUCCCUCUCUCUCUUGUUCACUUUUUAUACUUUACUAUGAUGAUAAGUAGGCUUUUUCUUUCUUC